UGCCGCUGGCCGGCGUCAUCAACGCUGGCACCCGCGGCAACACCGUGCUGGCUCAAAUAGGCAAGCAGCUGGUGAUGAUGCCUCACAACACUCCGAAGAUAAAGCUGGUCACAUCAGGCAGUUCAGGAGUGCCAAACUUCCAGUACAUCAAAGCCAACACCAGUCAGGCACAAGUUAUAAAUACAAAAAACGUAACCAGUGUGCAGAGUGGGAAACAGAUAAUGGCCAAAGUGAUCGUACAAGGCCAAUCGAGUGCGGAUCAAUCCAAUCAACAGACGAUAAUCACUAAAAUAUUACCCGCCACCAAUAUGCCUGGGUCCUGUGGUGCGGCGCGCUACGUCAUGCAGCAGAAAACUGUGCCUAUUUCAUUAGGGAAUAAGGUAUUACUAGCCUCUCCCACGAAGCAAGGCCCAAAGUUUACGAAGAAGCAGCAAGUCAUAUCGGUCAAGUCGCCCACGCCCAAACUGAUGCCGGCACCGCUAGGUGCAACCAAGAAGGCAAUACCUAAUGUAACUAUAUCUUCAAACCCCUUGCGCAAUGUGAUAUUGAAAACCACAGCGCCACCAAAAACGGCACAAAUCACUAAAGAUGGGAAGGUUGUAGUGCACGGACAAAGAUCGCAAAUACAUCAAAUCAAUGUUCCUGGGAAAGGCAUUCAAUACAUAAGAUUGAUUACAAAUCCAACAGCAUCAACAACCAAAUCGGCAAGCAAAACGUCAGUACAAUCUCACUCGGCGCAACCUAAAUCUUUCGUUCUCACUGAUGCUAAAGGUAAAUUAAUCCAGAUGUCGUCAGAGAAGUCAGUCAGUAGCCAGCCACCGCCACUCAGCUUCACUGUCAGCAGUGGCAACACUGCCAAGCCAUCUCCUAAAUGGCAACAGAAGUUCGUGAGGAUAGCCUCGGCGCCGGCGGCAGCCAAGAACACAACAGCUACGACGUCGUCCGCCCGCUCGAGCCAGAGCCUGCUCGCGCCGCUGUCACCCCUCGCCGUCAAGCUGGAGGAGACCAGCUCCGACUGCCCCGCCGCGGACCAGGCGCCCGAGUCGCAAGGCUCGUCGGAGUCUGAGUCGGAGUCGGAGCCGGCGGCGGACCCGAAGGCGUCGCUCCGCGCGCUCAUCGCUGACGCCGUCGGGCCUACCGCCGACGAGGAAGCCUACAGCGCCGACCAGCAGGACUCCGUCCAAGGCGAACAAACAGACAGUGUGGAUCCGGAGAACCAGGGCCAGGAGGAGCACCCGCUCAUAGUCAUCCCCGCCAACUACAUUAAGCCCGACCCAGCCGCCGACGAAUACGCGCCGCAGGCCGUACGAACCGCGGAUAACUCCGGAAUGAUGAUGUUAGACGAAGAAGCGGCGAACUCUCUCCAAGAACCUACUACACCGCCGACGGGAUCUGAAUAUGACGUGACAAUCAAAUCGGACUUCAUGCGGCCACGGCGCGCGUGCAACUGCACCAAAUCUCAAUGCCUCAAGUUGUACUGCGACUGUUUCGCCAACGGAGAGUUUUGCAACCGCUGCAACUGCAACAACUGUUAUAACAACCUGAAUUAUGAAGAGCUCAGGCAGAAGGCUAUAAGAGCGUGUUUGGAGAGGAACCCUAAUGCUUUCAGGCCCAAAAUAGGUAAAACAAAAGCCGGAGGUCCAGAAAUAAUACGAAGACAUAACAAAGGCUGCAACUGUAAAAGAAGUGGAUGUCUCAAAAACUAUUGCGAAUGCUAUGAGGCGAAAAUCGCGUGCACGGCGAUGUGCAAGUGCUUCGGCUGCCGCAACGUGGAGGAGACGCUACACCGGCGCCGCCAACAGCACGCGCUGUACCGGCCGCCGCCGCUCGCCGACCUCAAACAACCGUGCAGCUUCAUGACGACAGAAGUGAUCGAGGCGGUGUGCCAGUGCCUAUUGGCGGCAUCAGUAGAGGGCGGAGGCGGCGAAGUGGUCGCGGGUGAUGACGCAGUCAGCCUCGUGCUGGACGAAUUCUCGCGCUGUCUGCAAGACAUCAUCAGCGCUUCGCACCACGCGCCGUCAAGAGAUGACGUAAGUUCUUUGAAAUGCUACAAGUGCUCGGACUAGACUAUUAUUUAGCUUGAAACUACGGCGGCAUCAGUAGAGGGCGGAGGCGGCGAAAUGGUCGCGGGCGAUGACGCAGUCAGCCUGGUGUUGGACGAGUUCUCGCGAUGUCUGCAAGACAUCAUCAGCGCUUCGCACCACGCGCCGUCAAGAGAUGACGGACAUUCGUGAUAUUCGAAGAAAAGGGUGACGAAAUAGCACCCGGGCACCAAAAAUCUGUUAAUAUAUUAUCUAAAACCGUAUUCCAUUUAACCAUUAUAGACUUUGUAACGUAUUUAAGAGUAUAUUGGACCUCACUUUUCAUUAUGGCAAUAUUAUAAUUCUCAUAAUAGUAAUAGAUAUUUUCUGGUAUGAGUAUAAUAUGAUAUAUUUUGCUCUUAGUGGCGCUAUGUAGCAAGCACUAAAUACCAAUGAUCUUAUAUCCUUAUCGUCUUAUUUAGAUCAUAUUUCUAUAGUGUUGACAAUCUCAAAAAGUUGAUUUAAUGGAGCUUAUUCAAUUGUGGAUGAAAGUAUAAGCAAUAAGACUAAAUAUUAGGUUUAGGUUUCUCCGAUAUGGGAUCAAAAGCUUUGUCUUCUCAAUGGCAAGUCUCAGUUUGAAAAAUUAUAGUGAGAUGAAUGACACAGACAUUAGUUUGAUGUCUUGAUUUUCUUGUAUCAUGAUAUUUUUUGGUAAAUUAAGUCCAUUUUUAUACUUACAUGUCAUCUCAAAAUGUAGUUGUAGUUUAUGACAGAGCGAGCAUACCCACCAAACUUCUCACUUGUGCCUUGAAGACCUAUAGGUAUAUUCUAUGUAUGAAUUUGGUAAACAGAUAUGGACGGUUAAAAUUCUUUGGCAGGGUGUGGUAAAAAUAAUGUAGCUAAUGGUUUAUUAAGAAAAUGGCAUGAGGAAAUGUCUUGUUCAACAAUGUUCAUGGGUGUAAAAGGGGAUUUAUACGGUAUAUGUUUAUAGGGGUCUCCAGACUAUAAAGAGCCCCAUAAACAGUAGCCCAGGAGUCCAAAGAACUCUCGGUUUCGACUUAGACAGUGGGCAAGCGUAAAUUAUU